UAUAUAGAAAUUGCUGCCAGCAAGACAUACUUCUGACUUCAGAUUUUUUUUCAGAUUUACAGACCCUGUCUGCAGAUAUUUGAAAUUUUUACCUGGCAUCUCUGGUUUUGGCAUACCGUUCUUGGAAGAAAAAUAAAUCAAUAUUAUAUUUUUUCGUGAUUUAGUUUAAGAUUCCACUGAUCCCGACCAUGGCAGGUGGUCAACCACGGGUUCCGAUUUCCAUGCUUCUGCAGGAUAAGUCGUCAACUACGGAAGACGAUGAGGAACCGAAGAAAAAAUCUCGUGAAGAUUGGCGCAAGGCCAAAGAACUGGAGGAAGCCCGUAAAGCGGGUACCGCCCCGGCUGCUGUUGACGAGGAGGGCAAAGAUAUAAAUCCACAUAUUCCACAGUACAUUAGUUCGGCACCGUGGUAUUACAAUACUGCCGGUCCGACACUGAAACAUCAGCGGCCUCAGGAAGAUCGGAAGACUGAUUUUUCCGGAGUAGACGAGUGGUACAAACGUGGCGUAGAUACCACUAAGGUAGUAACCAAAUUUAGGAAGGGAGCUUGCGAAAAUUGUGGAGCUGUAACACACAAGAAGAAGGACUGCAUGGAACGGCCAAGGAAGGUGGGGGCCAAGUUUAGUGGUGGGAAAAUUGCCUACGAUGAAUUCGUGCAGCCGAAGAUAAUCUCCGACUACGAUGGCAAACGCGAUCGUUGGGCUGGUUACGAUCCGGCCAAUCAUCGGGAAAUCGUAGAGGAAUAUCAGAAAAUCGAACAGGCAAAGCGAGAACUGAGAGCGCAGAAAUUGAAGGAGAAUCCUGAUUUGGAAAAUGAGGAGGAAGGUGAAGACGACGAGGAUAAGUACGUGGAUGAGGUUGACAUGCCUGGCACGAAGGUUGAUUCAAAACAACGUAUCACGGUAAGAAAUCUGCGUAUUCGCGAGGACACGGCUAAAUAUUUGCGCAAUUUGGAUCCAAACUCAGCGUACUACGAUCCAAAAACUCGUUCGAUGCGAGACAAUCCCAAUCCGCAUCUUAAUCCCGAAGAAACGGACUUUGCCGGGGAGAAUUUUGUCCGCUAUUCGGGAGAUAUACAGAAACACGCCCAGGCACAAUUAUUUGCCUGGGAAGCUCACGGAAAGGGCGUAGAUGUUCAUGUCCUGGCAGAACCGACCAAACUAGAGCUACUGCAGAUGGAGUACGAGAAGAAAAAGGAUCAAUUUAAGGAUCAAAGCAAAAAUAAAGUACUGGAAAAGUACGGCGGAGAGGAGCAUUUGGAGGCGCCGCCGAAGGCGUUGCUUCUUGCCCAGACCGAAAACUAUGUUGAAUAUAGCCGCUUCGGUAAGGUUAUCAAAGGAGAGGACAAACCAAUUAUUCGGUCCCGCUAUGAAGAGGAUGUUCUCGUUAACAAUCACUCGACGGUGUGGGGUUCAUUUUGGAAAGAUGGUACGUGGGGUUAUAAGUGUUGCGAAUCUACGAUCAAGAAUUCCUACUGCGUCGGAGAAAAUGGUAAAGCUUCGGGAACGAUAAAACCAAUCGAAACAGUGGAACCGGUUGCCGGGCCUUCCCGGGUUGUUUCUGAACAACAUAAGGAGCAUUUUGGAAAGCCAAAACAGCUUUCUACUAAAAAGAAUGAUGAAGAUAACUCCAGCAGCACUGGUAGUAGCAGUAGUAGUGGCAGCAGCAGCAGCAGUAGUAGUAGCAGCAGCGACAGUAGUAGCAGCAGCAGUAGUAGUAGUAGUGAUUCCUCAUCCGAUUCGGAAUCAGAUCCAGAAGAUCGCAAGAAGUCAAAGAAAUCCAAGAAGAAGCGAAGGAAGGAGAAGAGCAAGUUGAAGAAAGAAGCAAAGAAAGCACAGAAGACGGCCGAGAAGGAGAAGGUGCGGGAUAAACUACAAUUGGCACUACUCGCAGAGGAACGAAAUCAGAAGCGAGCCGAAGAAUUGCUUAAAAUGGACGAACGGAAGCGACCGUACAACAGCAUGUUCGAGGCCAGGGCUCCCACCGAGGAGGAGAUGGAAGCUUAUCUGAUGAAGCGGCGUCGUGACGAAGAUCCGAUGAUGCAGUUUUCGAAGAAUUAAAGUUGAUUGUAACCUGCUAACAGAAGGAAUAAAGAUUGGUGUGUGCUCGGAAGAAACUAAAAGUGUUUGCAUUACUCUCGAUGUCAAAAUGAUGUUUAUCUAUAACAAAAUAAAUUGGUGUUUGUUAUCGAAUC